AUGGCUCAACGGAGUUGCGUGUCGCUUCAGGGCUCAACCGCCUGCCCGGCCUUUUCCUCCGCCUCUGUCGACACCAACUUGACGGGGAACUUUCCAUUUCUCCAAUACGUGUCAGACACCCAGUCGUUCGACGAGGGCUUGAAGAAUUAUAUCGGUACCGGAUAUGCACAGCGACAGUACGAGAAUAUAUUGGGAUGCUCAAGCGUCAACCUUACUAGCACCACCAACCUCUAUGCUCGUUACACAACGACUGUCCUUUGUAACGCCAUCAUCCAAUCCUCCAGGAACAGCUGCGGACUCGGCGACACGGAAGCGACUCCACUUUGUGCUGGUGCCUGCGCCGAUUUUGCCAUCAGCGAACAGGUCAUCGUAUCAAGCCCGGAUCUGUGCGGUACGCCUGGUAACAAUGCAGUCCCGGAAAUCCGCUCUGAUUUCGCUCGCUGCUCCAACCCUGCCAACUCUCUCAGCAGCAGCUGUAUCGACGCGACCGAAAACGAGCCCAGCGAAUGUGGAUACAAUGGCAACCUACAAGGACUCUGCCUCUUCUGUUCCACUAGCACCGUCAACUCUACGGACUCUUGCUGCGUCAACGCAAACGUCGAAUCGCGCUGCGUAGGCAUUGACCUGCCUACAACCGUCUCGAUGCCUCCAGUGUUCCCCUCAAGCACUUCGUCCUCUUCCCCAAGCUCCACAGCCGGCGCCGGAUCUGGUGGAGGUGAUUCUGGUCUUUCUGGCGGCGCUAUCGCUGGUAUCGUUAUUGGAUCACUUGUCGGCGCUGCGGUGAUCAUCGCAGCCGCCAUCUUCUGCUGCAUGCGCAUGCGGCACAAGAAGAAUAGCCAGGCUGGAAGCGUCUUCAACACGCCAUCGCCAUCGCGACGCCACUCUCCCAAGGGACCCAUGCCACCUAUGAGCUACGGUGGCGACGGCCAAUCUCCCGCUACUAUUCUCCCCGGUGCGCGUGUUCAGCGUAUGUCGGCUUUGGAAGGAUCAGAGUCCUCGGGUCAGAACAGCGAUCGAGGCGGCCGUAUGACCGCAUACGGUGGCUCACAACUCGGUGCCUAUGAUUCACCCGAGUCGAUACGUGGCCAUCUCGCCGGUAACCUCCCCAAACGACAAGGUUCUCUAUCCAGCCAUUCUGCUCUCGGAGCGAGCUCUUCACCACUCUCUGGAUCUGACCAGACGCGUAACUUUUCCAGUCCGGAUGGUGUCGCUUCCGGCCAGUCCGAGCAGCUACAGUUCUUCAAAGACUACUAUUCCCAGGACGAUAUCCACCCGAACGACACUGUUGCCACUCUCUGGGCCUACCAACCUCGUGCCGGCGACGAGUUCGAGCUAGAAAGAGGAGAUAUGCUCAAGGUCGUCGGUAUCUGGGAUGACGGCUGGGCGACAGGUGUAAGACUUUCCGAAUCGGCAGAGCAGUGGGAAGCCCGGAAAGCCGAGCAGCGCGACUCCGGCGUAAGCAACGGAGGCCGACGAUCACCCGUCGAAUCCGACAGCGAGAUCAAGGCUUUCCCCUUGGUCUGCGUGUGCUUGCCACAACACUGGAGGAAGACGAUUGAAGGCGACAGCACAGACUCUGGUGGGCAUGGCAGUGGAGGUGACCGGAUACCUCCAAGCCCCUAA